GCAGCCGCUGAGACCGUUAGGCGAAGAUGGCGGACUCGCUGUCAGCAGGCCUGGGAGAGGAGAAGGAGAAGGAGAAGGAAGACAGGCCGAGGCUCUGGAGCGCUCCCGAAAUACAGAGGACUAUGAACAAGGACGGGCUCACGGAGACGUUGGGGUUCAAUGAUAAAAAGGCCCAUGUCAAAGGAGGAAAACGAAACCUGUCAGAUUUGUCCCUGAUCCGGUUCAUAACUACUGAGCUCACAAGGGGCUAUUUCCUGGAGCACAAUGAAGCGAAGUACACAGAACGCAGAGAGAGAGUCUACACCUGCCUCAGAAUUCCCAAGGAACUAGAGAAGUUGAUGACGUUUGGCUUCUUCCUGUGUCUGGACGCAUUUCUCUACGUGUUUACACUUCUGCCUCUCAGAGUGCUGCUUGCUCUUUUAAGGCUUUUAACCCUGCCAUGUUGUGGCCUCAGCGGCUCUCGUCUGCUCCAGCCUGCUCAGGUGUGUGAUGUGCUCAAAGGCUUCAUCAUGGUUCUGUGUUACUCCAUGAUGUGUUAUGUGGACUAUGCCAUGAUGUACCAUCUCAUCAGAGGGCAGUCCGUCAUCAAACUCUACAUCAUUUACAACAUGUUGGAGGUAGCAGAUCGUCUCUUCUCAUCGUUCGGACAGGACAUCCUGGAUGCUUUGUACUGGACAGCCACAGAGCCCAAAGAAAGGAAGAGAGCCCAUAUAGGCGUGAUCCCUCACUUCCUCAUGGCUGUUCUUUAUGUCUUCCUUCAUGCCAUCCUCAUCAUGGUUCAGGCCACGACUCUCAACGUGGCCUUCAACUCCCACAACAAGUCUCUCCUCACCAUCAUGAUGUCAAACAAUUUUGUGGAGAUCAAAGGAAGCGUUUUCAAGAAAUUUGAAAAGAAUAAUUUGUUCCAGAUGUCGAACAGCGACAUAAAAGAGAGGUUCACCAACUGCAUCCUCCUGCUCAUCGUUUGUCUCAGGAACAUGGAACAGUUCUCAUGGAACCCAGACCACUUGUGGGUGCUGUUCCCCGAUGUCAUCAUGGUCAUGGCUGCUGAGGUCGCGGUGGAUGUUGUCAAACAUGCAUUCAUCACCAAAUUCAAUGACAUCAGUGCAGACGUCUAUGGUGAAUAUAGAGCGAGCCUCGCCUUUGAUCUUGUCAGCAGUCGACAGAAAAAUGCUUACACUGACUACAGUGACUCUGUGUCCAGAAGAAUGGGCUUCAUCCCACUUCCUUUAGCGCUGUUGUUAAUCAGAGUUGUGACCAGCUCAGUGAAGAUCCAGGGUUCCCUCUCUUUUAUGUGUGUUCUGAUGUUUUACCUCGGAAUGAUCACUUUAAAGGUCCUCAACAGCAUUGUUUUGUUGGGAACAUCUUGCACGUUUGUCAAAGAAGCCAACAUGGAGGAGAAGCUGUUCGAGCCACCUCCCUCAGCAGUUUCCAGCCGUGCAAACUCCAGAGCUCACCGGACCAAGCAAGUGCACAUCGUGCCGCAGCAAGAGCCAACUUGUGACAUGCCUGGAUCAUCACCGGCAUCCAUCAACAUUCCGCCUGCAAAUGUGGCGGAGAACUCAGCGCCCACACUGCCCAAAAGUGACUCAGACACUUUUCUAACGACACCAGAUGAAGAUGAAGUCAAAAUAAUCAACACGGACACAGGACUUGAGGAGGAAGGACUCGCGCACAGGCCACCCAAGAAAGACUUGCUGGAGAUCGACCGCUUCACCAUCUGCGGCAACCGAAUCGACUGAACGCCUUUGCGGCACAUUUGAAGUUUCAGGGAACCGACACGCGCCGUGGAGCAGCUUCGAGCCGCCCAAUCUUGGCCACGUUUAAUCACUAUUUAUUAAUUUAUACGUGACAAAACCAGCAGUGGCAGAAAAGGUUUUGCAACAAGUGUGUGGCCACAUCCGAUGCCGGGGCUGGACCAGUCUUUAGAGGCGAGUGGACUGAAGUCAGGAUCUCUUACCUGCAGAUGAAACGCAACAGAGCACAUACGUCUGUUCCAAAACAAUCUUUGUGAUCAAGGAGAACUGCAGCUGGGCUGUGUGUGUUUGGCACAAUCCUCAUUGUAAUGUGGUGUUUUUAGGAAGAUCAAGUCUUUGUUUUAUAAGAUUGGUGAUUUUUUUAAAUUAAUUUUUCUACCACGUAUUUUAGAAGUAUUUUCUAAAAUCGAUCACAGGUGAAAAGAUUCCGCUGGAAAAUCUGCCGUUCUGCAGACCAAAAAAAAAAAAAAAAAAAAAAAAAAAAGUGAAAAGUGUGUUGAGUUACUGUGUCUGCAGCGCAAGGCAUGAAACAUCACUGCACUGGUGAAUCUCCCUUAUAGUGUUACUAUGACUGUCCUCAUCUUCACUACGACACUUUAUAAUGGAAGGUUGAAUAACAAGCCAUUUGAUGAAUGUUUACCCUUUAAAUUUGGAAGUUGAGGCAUUUCUAUAUGCUUCUUUGUGGGCAUUAAUACACGGAUGUUGUUUUGUUUCAGUCGCUCUUCGCAUGGAUUUGCCUGCAUUUUCAUUGUGUGAAAUGAUCAGAACCAAUGUGAUGAGAACAUUGAUCAGCGAGUAGCAACGUUCUCUAAUCCUGUUGUAAACAGCUAGUUCAUUUUAAAAUAGUUACUUCUUUUUUUGCGCCCAAAUUCUGAUCUGAAAAUAUAGUUCAUAUGUUAGUCUUAAUCUAAUUAUUAUCCCGGUGCAGUGAACGGCAUAUUAUCUACAGUAAUGCUCCCGUUUACUUUACUUAAUGAGUAUUUCAUUGUUGCAAAAGUUUCAAUGUUGCUGGGUUUUCAAGUUGUGUACAUUCUCAAAUGUGGAUCUUAAUCCCAAAAUUUGGGAUUAUGUCUAGGCAUUGAAUUUGUAAUUCACUAAAUUGACCAAUUAUUGUGUAACACAACCUGACAGUUUGUUUUGCUUUUUUUUUUCUUGACUGCAUUUGGACCCAGUUUUUGCCACAAUGCUAACCCAGUACAUUCUUAAAUUUGUUGUGAAAAUGGUUAUUGAAGUGUGUCUUGGACAGUGAGGCCCACUUGUCUGUUAGAACUUCAUGCGUGUGAUGUCAGAGGAUAGUGGAGGUGCUUCAUGUUUCCUGAAUGUUUGACGAGUCGCUGCACAUACGUGGAUCGAAACUGUUCGAUAUAUUGUUUUUCAUGUUAUAGACAUAAGCUCUGUUUCUUCUUCCUGGCAGGAGAAUUAAAUAAGAUUUUGUUUUUUUUUACUUUUUUGAAGUUGUGUUACAGGCACCAGUAACUCUAUCUGGAGCCAGAUUCAUUUGUUUGGUUGAAAAGGGAGAUCGAUGCGAGGAGUAAAAGUACAUGUACACCUUACUGUUCUGUGAGCAGAGCCAGAUGGCAAAGCUCUGUAUUUUCCGCCUGCUGUGAAAAUACAUCUAAUGAUGCGUCUGGACACAUCCUCAGUGAUGUUCCUGGUAUCAUUGGGUGUUUCGGGUCUUUCAACAUCAUACACCUUCACCCAGGUGACCCAGCCGAGGCUGAUCCGACCCUGACUUGUGUCCAGAUGGCUGACUAGCUACCGUGUCUCCAUGGUUCUCCUCUCUUGAGCCACAGCCACCUUGAUGCUCUUUCCGCCGCUUCAGUGGCUUUGCCUAUGGCUUUCCUUCUUUUCUCUCCCUCGACGCCUAGAAUACUAUAGGCUUUGGCCAAAGAUCGUGCCACAAAACCUCUGCAUCCCACCUCUCCUGGGAGGCACCUUGCUCUCCAGCGAGCCUGUUGACAGUCGCUGAUCAGUCCUGUGUACUUCUUGGAGAGCUUUCUUUCCCAGGCUUCUUCCAGUCGGUCUUUCCACGGCACAGUCAGCUCCAGCAGCACAGUUUGUUUAGUGGAUUCUGACGCCAGUAUUAUGUCCAGGCGCAGAGUGGUGGCUCAAUGUGGCUGGGGAACUUCAGCUGCUGUUCAAGGUCCACCAGCAGCUGACAGUCUCUGGCAGAGGUCAGGAUGCCUGUCGAUGAUCUUCUAGCUGGGGCUCCCUGCUCCCCAGCUCUGACAAAGGUGAGAGUUUCCUCUCUUCGUACACACUUCAAGGAAAUGUGUCUGAAGUAUAGUGCAUGACUAAGAAAUAUCACGCAACAGGAGCAGUCAGUGAGAAGCCUCUUACAAUACCCACUAUAGACUGCGCACGUUGAAACCCUCAAAUUGUUCUGACUUUCAAAAUACCAGAAAAGUUAGUCCUGUAAGGACAGCAGUCAUUCUCGAAGUUUCUUAUUACUGGACAAUACAAACCAUUU